AUGAGUCCAGAUGAUGGUGAAAAGGAUACCGACUUCAAUUUAAUGUCAAAUGAUUUUGAUAUAGUUGAGCACUUUGAAGAAGAUGAUUCCCCAAAUGACAUUCCAUUACCAACAUUCGACCCAUGCGGCUUUCCUAAAGCUAAACAUAGGACUUUGUCUGACUUAACACUGUCUAAACCUCAGGAAGAUGAAGAUUUUCUGAUUAAACCUCUCCAGGAGAUGUCAAUUGAUGAGAUCAAGGAUGCGCAAAAAUAUUUGUACGAAAAACUAGGAAAAGAAACAUGUGAUUUUAUAAAGGAAAGAAGACUUAAAAGGGAUGAGAUGAGUAAAGGAAUAAAUAAAAGUGAAACAGAGCAGAAACCUAGCGACUACAAACCAUCACCUAAUGAAUUGAUUUUUAAGUUUAACAAAAAUGAGUUUCAAAAAUACGAGUGGAUGAACCCACCAGAGUCAAAAACAAAAGAAGAAGAUAAAGGAGAAUUACAACUACAUUCCCUGAGGUUUAACUUUGAAGGAUUUUUGCUAAGUGAAUCUGAAAAUACUGACCACACAACAUAUGAAAGUUCUCUUUAUAACCAUGGUCUUGAUCCAGAUAAGCCAGGCUACACACUUCCAGAGAUACUUCACCUAUCACAGAGUAGCUUUAAACCACAAGUUCAAGUAUCCAUGAGAACAUUGCCUAAUAUUUUGUUCCGGUCAUACCAAGAAGUUAAAUCAACAGAAGGGCCCAAGUGUUUUUUUGGUUAUGAUCAGUAUAGAUGGAAAAACUAUAUUAACAGAGAUUUGAAUUUGUUGCCCAAAGUAGGAUACUAUAUAUGUGAAUAUCAGUUAUCACUAAAUAUUCUAAUAGAUUCUCUGAGGUGCCUGUCAAUUCUGGUGUUUGGUGACACUGCAUUUUGGGUGCCUAAUAAUGAUAACAAAGAGCCAGAUUCACUUUAUUCAGUGGGCCCACUAGAGGAUGUUAUCUUCGACUAUUACCAGUUCUAUUCAGGAGUGGACAUUUACUAUUGGAACCCACUCUACUUGGACCUCCUGGAUACUGACUUACUUUGCAGUUCUGACACAAGUGGUUCCAAAAAUAGCCUAAAAUAUAAAAGUGAUCUGGAAUCAUUUUAUUUAUCAUCAUUAAAGGGCAAAUUUCAGUAUUAUUCAACAGAUGAGUUGUUAAGAGAGAUUUUUGAGUUGCCAGAGGGGUACAAGUCUGAGGACGAGUUGGAUUUUUUAGUGGAUAAUAGAUUGUUUCUGUUGUCCAAAAAUAACAUAAUAGAUAAAUUGUUGUUAAUUAUGAAGAGAUAUAACAGUAACACGGCAGUUCAGCUGUAUUGUACCAUAUCUAUUUGUGGAUUUUUGGCCUAUUUCAAAACACCGUUGGCAAACGCAUUGGCUAAAUUUGAACCAUUCAAAAACCAUUAUGAAAGUCUGGUAAAUUCAAUAAUUAGCACUAGAAGUGAUGAAAAAUCAACAGUUCACCUAAGAGGCGCUGUAUUAUAUCUGAUUAAGUACCUGUCAAUAUACAUGAGUGAUUUGGAGUCUUAUUUUCAUUCCACUUCCACUGUAGCACUCAUAAAGCAUACAGUCACCCAGUGUUUUAAUAGGGAACUUUACGAACUUAAUAUAAUUUUGGAUUUACAAAAAACGGAAAACUCCAAAUCUCUAAAAACUUACACAUCUGUAGCUAUAAAAUGCUUGACUAUUUGGGCAAUUAGAGGAUACACUAUUGAUUUUUUGGAGGAGUUUGUACCACUAGUGAAUCUCGCGUUUUUCAAAGUAAAAGAAAAUUUUAAGGAUUUUAAAACCCCAAAUACAUAUCUGGAAGAUUUUUGUGAACCAAUAACUGCACUCAUUAAACAUAUUUCUACCUGCGUAAGCUUAGACAAAUUCCAUAAUUACCCUGAGCAAAUUUUCACAAAUGUCAUUGACUUGCUUUAUCUUCUUGAAAGGCAUAAUGAUUGGAGUGAUGAGGGUUUAAGUUUUCUAUUCAGCCUUUUACAGAUUAAUUACGAGCAUAUUAACUCACUAACAACAUUGGAUAGUUUGAAUGACAUUGAGAGUCAAGUUGGUAUGUUAUUUAGCCUAUCAAAUCUUCUGUUGAAAAGAUUGGUAGGCUCAUUAGAGAUACCAGAUUUGCUUAUGUCAAUACCAUGGUUUGAAAAUUACCAACAAUCAGGCUCAGGUGUAUGUUUACAUAACCAGGAGCUGGUUAAGAAACUGUUUAAUAGGUCCAUGUUGCCCUUCAACUGCCUUAAUGUAGUCCUUAAAACCAUAGUUUGGUUUAGAAAUUUGGGAGUCUGGAACAAAGAAAAACGAACCUUGGUCAGGGAUCUUCAAGUGCUAGAUGAAGGGUUCUUUAAACUUGCUGAAAAGAUGAUUGAGAAGUUGAAGAGUGUGUAUUUUAGCCUAUUUAGAACAAAGUCCUUUUAUCUAAGUUGUUCGCUUUACAUAGUCAAGUCAGUGCCUAUUUUGACACCAUGGUUACAAUAUCUCAUUAACCUAUUCCAAUUUGGGUUCAACAGCUCUGACGCAUUGUUUACAGUACUGGCACUAUCAAUAGAUUAUGAAAUGAUUCAAGAUGCCUUAAUUUUGUUAAAGCAUAAGUUUUCCCAAAAAUUCGAUGGAGUUUUGGACUCGUACUUUGACUUUAAUAAGUAUCUCUCAAGAUAUGGAGUAGGUGACCAAAGAUUACCAGUUGUUUCAUUCCUGGGAUAUUUGACGUGUGCUCCAAUCCACAUUACGUCAAAUUCGCGGUUUACUUUUGAGGAUGAGGUUAAUUUAAUGUCACAAUUGCUUUGUAGUAGUCUUAGAUCGAAAUUAUUAGGGUGGUGUGUUCCUGGUUAUCAGUUCUCACAGUUUGUAUACUCACUGUGCUCAAAUGACUCCCAAGAUUUGCUCUCCAGGGUUACUUUAAAACAGUAUGAAUUGUUACAAUCACUUCUUUUUGAUUUAAUAGGGGGUAUUCAAGAUUUUGAAACUCAUGAUACUGAAAGUUCUAUGAACAACAAUAUAGAGAUGACAAACGAGAGUUCAGAUAAUAUCAGUAAAGAUUGGAGAAACGCCUUGAACACAUUUAUGGGAAUAGAGCCUCUAAAAAAUAAAGUUCCAUCACUAGUGGAUAACUUUUCUGAUGAAGAGGAAAUGAAUAGGAUGUGUAGAAAGUUGGUAAUGAAGUUUAACUCAGGGAAUAUUGAUUCACCCCUCACUGUGGGACUACUCUUGUUGUUUGGGUCCUGGAUUUCAACAGAAGAAUGCUCAAACUUGGUUUGGUCAGAUGAAUCGUUGAUGUUACUAAUUGGGAGGAAUUUAUGGGUGGAUUUUGAAACAUUCAAGGUCUACUCUACACUGGUUCCAACUUUUAGCGUUGGUCACCUGAAAACACUUUCAACGCCCUUCGAUUCUGAUUCAGUUUUUAAAUUGCAGAGGAAACUCCUGGAAUCAUUCUCAGACCAAAGCUUGCUAAAACAAGACCCUGUGUUGUUUAUAACUCUGGUGUCAGUCUUGAAGAAUUCACGAAAAGCUGAACUUGAAGAAAUGUCAUCGAAUAUAAAGAGCAAUUUACUCAGAAAACUCUUGCUAAACAUGUCGAAAGAUGGAAACUAA